AUGGCGAUGGGGAACGGGCUCCCGGCGAUGGCUGAAGCGGCACUGCUGCGGCAUGCAAAGCCACGGGCUCACUGCAAGUGUAAAUCAAGCAACACAAGGCAGGCUGCUGCCUCUUCGUCCUGCUCUGUACCCACGGCGACUAGCAGCCGUGGGGCUGGAAAGGAAGUAUUAGUAAAGGGGAAGGUUGGGGUGGGAAACACUGCCUCACAGAUAGUAAGUGUGGUGGGGGAGUGGAAAGGUGCAGAUUCACUCUACAGAAAUAGUUUCAGCCUCAGUGAUGAAAAGCUUAACUCUCCAACUGCAUCUACUCCAAGCUUGCCAUCUCCAUCAGUAACUCCAUGUAAAGCAAAGCUUGGAGACACAAAAGAACUGGAAGACUUCAUUGCUGAUCUUGACAGGACACUAGCAAGUAUGUGAAAUGAAUCUUUGGCAUUGUGCUUGCCUAUGAAUGUCCUCUGAAGGAUAAGUGACAUCAAUCACUGAACUGCUGCCCUUGUCUGAUAACUUUGCUACCCCAGAUAUUCACCUUCUGAACAUAACCUUUGUAAACUCCUACAAGUAUUUAACUGGUAACAUCAGUUUUGUUACUUUGCAGCAGGUGGAAUAAGAUAACUUAAGUGUUACAGCUGUAUUUUGCUUUAAAACAUAGCUUGAAUUUUAAUUUAAAGUUGCUUUUAUGAAAAUAUAUUUGUAAUUUUAUAUAGUUGAGAACUUUCAAUGCUUUUUUCCAUUAUAAUAUAUUUUU